CAGGCGCCGACGCAGAUGCGUCACCGCGCGAGCGCCCUCCGCCUAGCGGCCUCCUUUCUCAACCUGCUGAGGGAGGAGGAGGAGGAGGCGGCGCGCGAGACCGGGAGGGGGCGGAGGAGGUGGAAGAGAGCCGUCGCGCAUGCGCAGUGCGCUCUCUCCCCUCAGCGGCCGACUGUGCAGGAGGAGGAGGAGGAGGAGGAGGAAGAGCAGGGUGGCGGCGGCGGCGAGAGCAGCGAGAAGCUUCUCGGAAGGUCGGCUGGCAGGAGGCUCCUUCCGCCCCGUCCUCUCUCUCUCCCGGUUGGGCGCGUGCGGCCGCCGCCCCCUCUCCUCCUCCUGUCAGCGGCGGGGGGUCGCCGCCUCCCCUUCAGUGCGGUGCGCGCGCGCUGGGCCUCCCCCUUCGCCUCAGCAGCAGCUGCAACCGCCUCCUCCUCGUCCUCCUGCGCUCGCCUGGCUCACUCUUUCCCCGCCGCGAUGCCGGAGAAGCGGCCCUUCGAGCGGCUGCCGGCUGAGGUGCGCCCCAUCAACUACGGGCUGUGCCUCAAGCCGGACUUGAUCGACUUCACUUUCGAGGGGAAGCUGGAGGCCGCCGUUGAGGUGGGGCAAGCAACCAAUCAGAUUGUGAUGAAUUGCGCUGACAUCGACAUUAUUACAGCUUCCUAUGCACCAGAGGGAGAUGAAGAAAUCCACGCUACAGGAUUCAACUAUCAAAACGAAGAUGAGAAGGUGACACUUUCCUUCCCCAGCACACUUCAAACAGGGAUGGGGACGUUAAAGAUAGAUUUUGUUGGAGAGCUCAACGAUAAAAUGAAAGGCUUCUAUCGAAGUAAAUACACCACCCCUUCUGGAGAUAGCCGUUUUGCUGCUGUUACUCAGUUUGAGGCUACUGAUGCUCGUCGAGCCUUCCCUUGCUGGGAUGAGCCCGCCAUCAAGGCAACAUUUGAUAUCUCAUUGGUGGUUCCUAAAGACAGGGUAGCUUUGUCCAAUAUGAACGUCACUGAACGGAGGCCCUACCCUGAUGAUGAAAACCUGGUGGAAGUGAAGUUUGCCCGCACCCCUGUGAUGUCCACGUAUCUCGUUGCUUUCGUGGUGGGAGAAUAUGAUUUCGUUGAGACCAGGUCUUCUGAUGGUGUGUUAGUCCGUGUUUACACUCCUGUUGGCAAAGCAGAACAAGGAAAGUUUGCAUUAGAGGUUGCUGCUAAAACUCUGCCUUUCUAUAAGGAUUACUUCAAUGUUCCUUACCCUCUCCCUAAAAUUGAUCUCAUUGCUAUUGCAGACUUUGCAGCUGGUGCCAUGGAGAACUGGGGCCUUGUUACUUAUAGGGAAACUGCACUGCUGAUUGAUCCCAAAAACUCAUGUUCCUCUUCCCGCCAGUGGGUGGCGCUUGUCGUGGGCCAUGAGCUUGCUCACCAGUGGUUUGGAAACCUUGUGACGAUGGAAUGGUGGACCCAUUUGUGGCUGAACGAGGGCUUUGCUUCCUGGAUUGAGUAUCUUUGUGUAGACCACUGCUUUCCAGAAUACGAUAUCUGGACCCAGUUCGUUUCUGCUGAUUAUACACGGGCGCAGGAGCUUGACGCCUUAGACAACAGUCAUCCCAUUGAAGUUAACGUGGGCCACCCGUCUGAAGUAGAUGAAAUAUUUGAUGCAAUUUCUUAUAGCAAAGGCGCAUCGGUCAUUCGAAUGCUGCACAACUACAUUGGGGAUGAGGACUUCCGGAAGGGAAUGCACUUGUAUCUUACCAAGUUCCAGCAUAAGAAUGCAGCUACAGAGGACCUUUGGGAAAGUCUGGAACAUUCUAGUGGUAAACCUAUCGCUGCUGUGAUGAAUACAUGGACCAAGCAAAUGGGUUUUCCUCUUGUUUAUGUGGAGGCAGAGCAGCAAGAAGACGACAAAGUGUUGAAGCUAGUCCAGAAGAAAUUCUGUGCCAGUGGACCAUAUAGUGGGGAGGAUAACCCUGUGUGGAUGGUUCCGAUCAGUAUCUGUACGAGUGAAGAUCCAGCCCACGUCAAAAUGCAAGUGCUGAUGGACAAGCCUGAGUUGACCUUGAUUCUGAAAGAUGUUAAGCCGGAGCACUGGGUGAAGUUAAACCUGGGCACUGUAGGGUUUUACCGUACACAGUACAGCUCUGAGAUGCUGGAGAGUUUGCUUCCAGCCAUCCGUGACCUCUCCUUACCACCUGUGGAUAGGUUGGGUCUGCAAAAUGAUCUCUUUUCUUUGGCCCGAGCUGGAAUUAUUAGCACUGUAGAGGUUCUAAAAGUCAUGGAAGCGUUUGUGAAUGAGCCCAACUAUACCGUGUGGAGCGACCUGAGCUGUAACCUGGGGGUUCUCUCGACUCUCUUGUCCCACACAGACUUCUAUGAGGAGAUCCAGGCAUUUGUCCGUGAUAUCUUUUCGCCCAUAGGAGAGAAGUUGGGCUGGGACCCCAAGCCUGGCGAGGGGCAUCUGGAUGCGCUUCUGAGAGGUUUAGUUUUGGGGAAGCUGGGAAAAGCCGGCCAUAAGGCGACACUGGAAGAAGCAAGGCGCCGGUUUAAGGACCAUGUGGAAGGGAAGCAUAUCCUCUCCGCUGACCUGAGGAGCCCUGUAUAUGUAACUGUUUUGAAGCAUGGCGACAGUACAACCUUAGACACUAUGCUAAAGCUCCACAAGCAAGCGGAUAUGCAGGAAGAGAAGAACCGAAUAGAGCGUGUGCUUGGCAGCAUAUCUCAGCCAGAGUUAAUACAGAAAGUUCUCACUUUUGCACUUUCAGAAGAGGUACGUCCCCAGGAUACGGUAUCUGUCAUUGGUGGAGUAGCCGGAGGGAGCAAGCAGGGCAGAAAAGCUGCUUGGAAAUUCAUCAGAGACAACUGGGAAGAGCUCUACAAUCGUUACCAAGGGGGUUUCUUGAUAUCUAGGCUAAUAAAGCUAUCGGUGGAUGGGUUUGCAAUUGACAAAAUGGCUGCAGAAGUUAAGGCUUUCUUUGAGAGCCACCCAGCUCCAUCGGCCGAGCGCACUAUCCAGCAGUGCUGCGAAAACAUCCUCUUGAAUGCUGCGUGGCUAAAGCGGGAUGCUGAAAAUGUCCACCAGUAUCUCCUGCAGCGAAAGGCCUCGCCCACAGCUGUGUGAGCCCACCCCUCAUCUCCCCCACCCCCCUACCCGGGCAUCCCAGCCGCUGCGGCCCGACUGCCUCGGCGUGAGGAAGAGGAGCUGCUAACCCGACAGCUGAAUAAUACGCCAAGGAAAAUUGGAGUCUUUUCUCAAACCAAUGGGGAUUGGACAAUGAAUGUAGUUAACUGGUUCCUGCUCACACUCCAGAACUAAAUUCUAUUUAAAAAAGAAAAGAAAAAGAAAUUAUCAGCAAUUCAGCAAGAAAACAAACCACCCUGUAAAUAUAAUAGUAAUAAAAAUAGAGCGUAACAAAACUGUGAAAAUUCCUUAAGCCUUGUCAGUGGUUAAAAUAUUUAACACCCUCCCUCCCCCUUACAUUUACUGACGAAUGAUUUCUUAUUUUAUCAUUCCCUUCUCCUUUUCUUUCCUAUUAAAAACAAUGCAAGGAAGCCAGAGGUUUCUACAGUCAGAUGAAUUCUAUGGCAAGUUGAGGGCAGGAAUGGGUUGACGCCUCUGAGCCCAUCAGAGAGCGCACUGCCAGACGGCAAAAGCACGCAACACUUUGUGUGGAAUGGUUUGAUUAUGAAAGACCAUGUGGCAUACCUGGCGCAUCAUGCUGCAUUGGGAGGUUUUUCAGGGAGGCCUCCCUUAAUCUUGGUUCAGAUUUGAAGGCUUGUAAGAAUCCUGACCUCUGUUUCUGUUCCUUUGUCUCAUUAUCUCUUUGUGGGGUGUGGGAAAUAAAAUGUCCGUGUUUUUCUUCUCUCCUCCCUCCCCCGUUUUGAUUUCAUUUGCUGAUGUCCUCCUUCGAGAUGAUAAAACGAACAUGUAUGGAAACAUCUUUCACAGCCACAAUACAAAAAGAGAGCAGAAUUCAUGCCGCCCUUUUCGUACGCCCUCUAUUUAAAUGGUACCUUCUCAUUGCAUGCAAAUACAAUGCUGUGACUGGAUCCGUCCCUCUUGGGCCACCACAGGGCACGCCUCCUUCGUGCAUAACACUGUAGUUUGUCUGAGAAACUCACCCCGUUCCAAAUCAAAACACUGCCCUGAAUUCCUUGUGAUUGCCGCUUUCCACCCUACCCCCACCUCCCCUCUCGGUGAUGUUUGAUGGUAAUUUGAUUCAGAAGCCUUAAACCUGUGCUAGCUGGCAUGAUGAAAUUCUAAAUUGUGUGCCAUCAGUUGCUUACCAGAGUAGCAUGUUCCUGCUCACCAGACGUCAGACCCAACACCACCACUCCCACAAAACGUUUACAUUUCCCUUUUUUAAAAUACCUUUUUACAAAGAAAUUCAUACUUGGUGUGGCUUUAACUGUUAUUUCGGAAGGUCAUCAGAGAACUAACUGUCAAACUGCUUCCCUGAAAACACAUUUUUUUUGUGCUAUUGUUUUAAAAGAAAAACAAAAGGAAAAAAAUUCAAGCAAGUUGGCGUUAAUAAAAAGGAAAGUCAAUGUGAA